AUGGAGCUCGUCUUUGAUAUGGACGACUUUGAGGGACGGGGGUCAACCGACCUGAUAACUACCUCCAUCCCCGUCCUUCCACCAGACCUGCUCCUCAAAUGCCUUCAGUAUCUCCCCGUAUCAUCUCUACCCGCUGUCGCGCAGGCCUGCCGUCGCCUCAAGGUCAUUGUCUACAGCGAUGAGCUCUGGGAAUCCAAGUUGGUGGCUAUGGGCAUUGGUUUUGGAGCAGGAAGCGGCAAGGGGUCGGGGAGCGGCAACAGCAACAACAACGAGAACCUAAUUGAUGGACCCAACGUCUCCUUACCCCGGUUCCCCGUUCAUGGAUCCAACAUUUCAGAGAUUACCCGGAAGCGGAUAUCGGCCAACGCUAACGAGACCAUCAGGGGAUCGUCCGUUUCGACUGCAGCUAUUAAUGGCAACAGGAUCAGUCUGUCGGCCUUUUCGGAGGAUGGGAUUCGAUCCAGUCUCGAGUCAGAAUUCUCCUUCACAAUAAAACCGCGCGUGCAGAUCCCAGGGUUACCAGGAGAUCCAUAUUCAAUGAUCCAGGGCCGCAGGGUCAACCAUGGGGCGAGGGAGCAGUUCAAGCAGAUUUACUGUGAACUAUGGCCCUACUACGUGGACUUUCGACAGGCCAACAAGGACAGCAAAGUGAUCCAGGAGUUUGGGAAGUCGGUCUUGGACGUCGCAAGGAUGUUGGCACGACUCUUGGCAUUUUCAAAGGCGCAUCUGGCCGAGGAUUCAGAUAAUAUCAACGAGAACCUUCAAGGGACAUGCGAGUACUUUGAGAACCGAUGUCUGCACCUUUUCGAAGUUGCAUAUGAUUCGAGGGACACGUCCGAGAUGGCGAAAUACGCCGGAGUACUGCUGGAUCUUAACGGCGCUCAGGCUUGCAUCCAGAUCUUUAUCCAGAAGAACGGCAUCUUUUUCGAUAACAAUUAUGAAGCAGGCGAGAAUCUCAAGCAAUACGAGGUAUGGUUCUUACAACCGAUCGUCGUGCGUGAGAACAGCGCCUUCCCCGAGUUCACACCGAUGCGACUGUUCAUGGAGUUCACAGAAAUGGAGUUCAAAAAGCAAGCUGUCAUCAUCCACGAGGUGUUCCCGGAAGAAGCGGACGUCCUUUUCAGUUUCACGGAGCGCGUCUUUGAGGAUGUGAUUUCAGAAUACUGUUCCCAGCUAUUUGAUCUAUGCAGCAUGCGGGACAAAUUGCUCUACCUGAAAUCGGUCCCGAGCGCGUAUCGGUAUCUGGAGCACCUAGAGAAUGUAUUAAUCAACAUGGAGCCGAUCCAUGUGCCGCGGUAUCGAAUUGAGAAACUGCUUGCCAGAGUGUUUGCACCAUGGCUGGAGCAAUAUCUAAAGAACGAGUUGGAUUGGGUCCAAAAGUCAUGCAAGGACCAAAUCGAUAAAUACGAGCGGCAGAAGGACAAUGGGAACAAAGAAACGAAGCGCAUGAAUCCUAGGAACCGAGAAGUGUUUAAGCGGAACUUCUUGAGGGGGUUCAGGAAUGUCAUAACACUGCCAUACAAGAUCUCGUCCUCGAUCGUUGCGGGUGUCACGGCAUCGACUUCAUCCACUGCUUCGUCGCCGGCUCCUAGUUCGUCCUCGACUCCAGCACCAACAAUGUCAUCAGCCUUAUCUGCAUCCAGCCCAACGACAACCACAGUAGCAUCCACCACCGCCACCGCCAUCAACCCCACCAUCGCCACCACCACAGCCCCAGCAAAGGGCAACAAUCGGUUUUCGAUUCGAUCUAUUUCUUCCUCGACAGGCUCCAGUAAUUCUACGGCACCAUCGGGAUCAACGACCUCUGCACCGGAUACACCAACGACAGUGUCGUCGACUUCAUUCAUGCCCGAGCGGAAAUCGAUCUCUCUGGCAAGUGAUACAGACAGUGUGAGGAGUGCGCCUGUAGGAGUUGAGCAACAGCAGGCAGUGACGGUACAGGAGGUCGAGGAGGAGAUGAAUUCACUUCUGAGCGUUGAGCUGGCUCUACAUUUGAUCCAUCUGGACAAAGAUGCGCUGCAGCGGUUGAGUGCGUUUGCAGGACUGGGAGGUGUCCUUGGAGGGCGAGUGCAAAAGACGAUCGAGUUAGUGUUUAUUGCGCUGUUGCGGUCGAUGGGUCAACAGCAUAUCAAGCCUGGAUUUGCAGCUGCGAUCCAGCAACUUGGACGAUACAAGCCGACGACGACACACGGAGGCGGUGUUACUCCACUCAUGGAUUUUUUUGAGCUGGUGCACGUUGCGGAUCUGAUCCUUCAAAUGGUACAAGUGUACUAUGCUGAGGAGAUGUGCAAACAUAUUGACAAGAUGGAUUUCUUGAACGAGGCCAAUAAGGAAAAGAAGGCAUUUGAGCGCAUGAUCGACGACGGUGUUGCGGCUGGACUGGACAAGAGUAUCGAGGUACUUAUUGGACAGGUUGAGUACAUCUUGACGACCAUGCAGCUGCCGACGGAUUAUAACCCUGAUGAGAACACGGAUAUCGAGCUCCAGCCUACGCAUGCUUGUCGAGAGGCGGUAACAUGUUUGACGACGCACACAAAGAUACUGAACGGAUGCACGGACAAACAUACCCUGGACGUAUUCUUUCAAGAACUUGGACUCCGUCUCUUCAACUGUUUGACGAAACAUCUGCGCUCAAACAUCGUGUCCUCCCAGGGUGGGUUCGUACUGAUCUGCGAUCUGAACCAUUACUACAACUUUAUCGCUGGCCUCAAACAGCCGGUAUUGACGCCCAACUUCUUGGCGCUGAAGGAGCUCGGUAACCUGUUUAUUAUCCAGUCGCCUUCGGAUCUAAAGCAGCUCAUCCACGACAUGGAGCGGUUCGGGGGGAUCUUGCGAGUCGAGGAUGUGUUUGAGUUUGCGGAGAUGCGAUCGGAUUGGAAGAGUAUUCAGCGGAUCGUCGAACGCGAUCGACUGGAAUGUGUCCUCAUGUAA